AUGGGGAACAAAUAAUUUUAGGAAUCUUUUUCAAAGUCAAAGUCGGAUACCAGACCUCUAGAUGUUAAGAAAUGCAUCAGUAUUAGAAGAGAUCCCAUUACUGGAAAAUUGAUUGGGGUUCCAAAGGAAUGGGCCACUCAUCUUGAUGCCGAUGAACAAUAAAUUGUUGAGACAAAUAAAUUACCUGAAGAAGUGAGAACUCAUAGAUUGCCAGAGCGCGUUCUGGAAAUCCAGAAUUCCAUAGAAAACCAAAAGAAUUUGAAACAAGGAUUGAAAAUUGACAAAGGUGCAAAUUUAGGUUUAGCCGGUCUUAAUGUAGAGAUGGAAAAAGAAAUAUACAAUAGUGGAGUGAGUAGGAAUGAAAUUGUAAAAGACACAGUAAGCUUCAUCUCAAUACUUGAAAUAUAUGAUGGGAAAGAAUUAGCUUCAAAAUAAAACUCUAAUGAGGUCAUGACAUAAACAGAGUUUUUGAUUGAAAACCCUGCUCAAAAAUAUAUAUUUUAUGAAUAGAUUGAAAGAGGGGUAAAUUGUAAGCUUUAUAAAAUUAUUGAUAGACGACUAAAUCAGGUUUUUGUUGCUAAAGUAUUUAAAUUUUAUGAUAAUUUUAAUUGCUAUCGAUUGAAAAGAGAAAUAUCUUUUACUCGUCAAUUAGAAUGCCCAUUUAUUGUAAAGUAUCAUGAGACUUAUCUUCAUAGUGGAUGCUUUUUCAUCAUAUAAGAGCAUAUGAAUUUUGGAAGUCUCAGAAAAUUCAUUAAACUCUUCGACAAGAAGAUUGAUGAAUCCAUAAUUGGAUAUAUACUCUAUCAAAUCUUGUUAGGAUUAAAAUAUUUACAUUUUAAAGGAAAGAUCCACAAGCAUCUAAGUUCUAAGAAAGUAUUGAUGAAUGAUAAAGGAGAUAUUAAAUUGUUGAUUAUGGAUUACAAGAAUGAAUUCAAAAAAGACAAGGAUCCUUAUUGGAUUGCCCCAGAAAUAAUAGAAUAAUAAAUAAUAGAAGAUGUUUCAGAUAUUUGGUGUUUGGGAAUCAUAGCCUAUGAGUUAUCAGAGCGGAAUCCUCCACACUUCGAUGAUCAUCCCAUAAGAGUUAUGUACAACAUUGUAAAUUAGCCUGCCCCAAAGAUUAGCAAAAAUAGAAGUUGCAAUUUUUAGGAUUUCACUUCAAAAUGCUUGAUCAAAAACUACAACAAAAGAACGUCUUUAAGAGAAUUGUUAAGACAUGAUUUUAUAACUUAAAAUAGGGAAAGAGGUCGAUAAGGAUUAAUAGAUUUAUUUUAGAAGGUCAAUUUAGAUCAGAAAUCAAAAUUGAAAAAAAGCGCUAGUUUAAAAUGA